UCCGAAAUGGGUCCGCUCAGGAUCCGUUUUUUGACAGUGGGCAGAGCCAUCCUCUGUGAAUGGCGCAGCCGCGCCCAGGUAUCUGAAAUGGGUCCGCUCAGGAUCCGCUGUUUGACAGUGGGCGGAGCCAUCCUUUGUGAAAGGCGCGUCCGCGUCCAGGGAUCCGACAUGGGUCCGCUCAGGAUCCGCUGUUUGACAGUUGAACUUUCGGAGGCGGAGCUGAUCCUCUGGGCGGCGCCCAAACGAAUGAGACAGUUACGCUGGUUUGGCGACUUGAAGGCGGAUCCGCCUACGAAACUUAUGUUUCGUUUUCCAUUCGUUAGAAAAGGACACUCAUCCCGACUGCUGGCGUGAAUCGCGACCCACCGAGUCCAAAAGCCGCGUACAACUUGGAGUGAGAGGCCCGUGAAUACAGGGAAUUGAAAUGCCAGAAUCUGCCAUAGUCAAAUAUCUCUGCGGGAAACUCGGAUCCACAAACCGGGAGGAACUUGUGGCCAACUUAGAUUUCGGUGACGUCUCGACGGUGAACGAGAUCAUCAGCAACCGAGACCGGUUCGCCAACGCGCAUUAUAAUGGAGAGAAGCGUCUGAUCGCCAAGACGGCUCUCCGACUGUGCAGAAGGCUGGUGUGCGCUGGACCUGGAUGCAGCAGUUUACAUCUCUGUAAAACCUACCUGUACGGCGAGUGCCAGUUUGUUCCUGGAAGGCGGGCCAAGUGUUCCUUCUCCCACGACCUCCACUCCGAACACAACGCCAGACUUCUGAGAACACACGGCUUGGAAGAUCUGGACAAGAAGGAGAUAUGUGUGUUGCUGCUGCAGAACGACAUGGCACUGCUCCCCGAUGUGUGCUUCGACUACAACAACACCGGAUGCCGGGAUGGCUGCAAAAGGAUCCACAUCUGUGAGCAAUACCUGCGUCGUAACUGCUGCUGCUCGCGGGCCCACGACUUCUACGAGCCGCAGCCAUUCGAGAUGCUGCAGAAGAGCCGCAUCCCCAACGACCUCAUGGCGUCAAUGAAGCAGCUGUACAUCAACAAGAAAGUCCUGAGUAGCAUCGAGCACAAGGCCAAGCAGGCCGGACAGGCCAAUCAGGUCCCUGGGACCGUUGGAGCUAUGGAUGGUGCUAUGGGUGGUGUCGGUGGUGCUGGUGGUGCUUUUGCUAUCGGUGGAGCUGGUGCUCUAAGAGGUGGUGGUGGUGGAAUGAGAAGACCGCCUCGUGAUAAAACCGAGAUUUGCCUGUACUUCCUUAAAGGCACCUGUAGAAACCCCAUAGAAAGGUGUUUCCGAGCUCAUUGCAGGCUGCCUUACAGCUGGGAAGUUCUGAAGGGCCAUCAGUGGACGCUGCUGGAUAGCUCAGAGAAGAUAGAAGAGGAUUACUGUGACCCCAAAAAGACAUACAGCACAGUGGUGUGCUUUGACACCAUGUUGCGUGGACUCCAGAAGGUCAGGCGUCUCUCCUCCAUCUCCUCAGUCCUCCAGCCCACCUUCCUACUCACCACUGAGUGGCUCUGGUACUGGGAGGACGAGGAUGGGAACUGGAACCAGUACGAUUCACCGACCAACAGCAGCACAGAGCUGGAGCAGAAGUUCCAGAACAACCCCCAGGAGGUGGUGGAGUUCACCGCAGGGUCCCACGCCUACACACUCAGCCUCCAGGACAUGAUCCAGACCAAUAAGCGUCACGGCACCAAGAGGCUGGUGAGGCGACGGCCUCGGUUCCUGUCCUCCGCCGACGUGCUGGUCAUCAGGACAAGUAGAAGGCCUCCAAAUGGUCCAACAAAUUUCCAAGCUAUGCCCAGGCACUGGGACAGGACCCAGGUUCCUGAGACUGGACACAAGAAAGUUCUGCUGCAAGAUUCGUCUGAAGAAUACAAGGAGGUGGAGACGCUGUUUCGUAAGACGAUGACCGACUUUGACAUUGUGAAGAUCGAGAGGAUUCAAAACAAGAGUCUCUGGGACCAAUUUCAGUUGCAAAGGGAACAAAUGAAGACGAGGAACGGGGGCCGUUGCGUGGCCGAGAGGAAGCUGUUCCACGGCACAGACUCCAAGUACAUCGACGCCAUCUGCUGCUCGAACUUUGACUGGAGGAUCUGCGGAACCCACGGGACCUCCUACGGCAACGGCAGUUACUUUGCCCGGGACGCCAGCUACUCCCACAACUACACCGGGAACGCCUCGACGGUCCGCUCCAUGUUCGUGUCCCGGGUGCUGGUGGGCCACCACACCCGGGGCAAGGCCGGCUACGUGCGCCCCCCCUCAAAGGACGGCGGGGACGCUCUCUUCUAUGACAGCUGCGUCAACGACAUCCUCUCGCCCUCCAUCUUUGUUGUCUUCGACCGGCCUCAGAUCUACCCGGAGUUCCUGCUCACGUACAAGGAAAGGCGAGAGAAGGUGUCGGUCUUCGACGACUGGCGACGACUGGCCCUAACUCUAACCGCCGCGCCGGUGGUGAAGCCCACGCCCGUGCCCAGGGCCAUGCCCCUGCCCAGUGCCACGCCUGUGCCCGGUGCCAGGCGCAUGCCCAGCACCACACGCGUGCCCAGUGCCACUCUAGUGUCCAAUGCCACGCUCUUGCAAAAGUUAACGGACACGGCCUUGCAGAGGGCCACGAUCAUGCCCAGUGCCACGCCCGUGCCCAGUGUCACGCCCGUGCCCCGUGCCAGCCCCAUGCCCAGUACCACACGCGUGCCCAGUGCCACUCCAGUGUCCAAUGCCACGCUCUUGGAAAAGUUAACGGACAUGGGCUUCCAGAGGGCCCUGAUCAUGCCCAGGACCGGGCCCGUGCCUCGUGCCCCGCUCUUGCCCAGUGCCCCCCCCAUGCCCAGUGCCACCCCCAUGCCCAGUACCACACACGUGCCCAGUGCAAUGCCAGUGUCCAUUGCCACGACCGUGCCCAGGGCGUGGUCCGUGGGAGGAUUGACGCCCCCGCCAGUGUACACCCCGGCCUACGUGAAACCCACUCCUCCCCCACAGUUCUAUGUCCCCAAGACUUCCAGACAUCCAUUCCAGCCGCCCGCUCCUGACCUUCCCUAGCCCGAAGCCGAAUCCAAAGGACUUGUGUAAGGUGAGCGGGAUGUCUGUUAGGGCAUUGGAUACGGGUGCAGGCCUCAUGAGGGUCGCAUCCCUGUUGUGUUUCGCUGAGUCAUUGUGGUGUCGGGAGUCAUGGAAACACGCCCUAAAGGACUUUGGGAAUCAGUUUUGGGUUUAGUUCUACCUUGCCCCUCUGUAGAAUGUUACGUAUUUUAAGCACAUAAGCUACGCCCCCACAUAGCCACAAGGAAGCAGGAUCGAACACAUAAGCUGCAUUACCUCCACAUAGCCACAAGGAAGCAGGAUCAAACAUAUCAGCUGUAAUUACUAUAGCCACAAGGGGAGCAGGACCCAACAUACAAGCUGCAAUAACUACUCCAGCCACAGAAGGCAGCAUCUUUAAGACAGACGCGGAAGCCGGAGCCAAUGCGUCACAUAGGCCACGCCUACUUUUAGGGCAUUUAGCAGACGCUUUUAUCCAAAGCGACUUACAAUAAUUACAUUUGUCAUAAGAAGUGCAGUGGUACUUGAUACAAAUGCUGAGCCGGAGUCAGAUCAGGUCAGAAACAUAUGGCCCCCCCGUUGGUAGCGCCGGGGGUAGCCCCGUGGCUAGAAGAUAGCUCUGCGGUAUGUCGCUCUACGUGUGUUAAAUACAAUUCCCCUCCUUUUGCUUCAGAGUUACCAUACCGAAAUACUAAUAAUAAUAUCAUAACCCAGCCACUGAGUUAGAAGUACUGACAUGGAAAUGAAACAAGUCAAUCAUCUGUGGAACGGGCAGGGCUCGAAAAACUCAAGCCAAUGAUUUCCUAUAAUGUCUCGCUGCGGCUUGUAGGACAUGGACAUCAAAGUGCUGUCACGUCUCCUAACCUUUAUGCCUCCUUUACAUAACCUAUGUGGAAAACAUCAUCGGGUCAAGGAGAGAUGAAAAGGUGCUUCCAUUCAAACAUGAAUUCGACUCCACUUUUUCUAACCAACGUCAUUGCGCAACGGGGAGUAUUGCUGACCUCUAGCGUCUCUUCGGUGGAAUUACAGUUUCCCGAAGUUGGUCUACAACAAGCGCUCUUUUGAUCCAUGCGUUCUUGUCGUAUUGAUUUCAAUCAGGUUGUCGCCAACAGUGAGAAUCACUUAGGUCGGACUAGGCCAACGAAAAUAUUUUAGGCCAGUUGAAUCCCGAUUCACAUGUGAAAAAAAGAGGCUCAACUUAUGUUGAAUUUGAAAUUAACUUCCCCCAGUCUUCUUUAUUAAAUGUGCAGUCUGCAUUGUA